UCUUAAAAGGGAAUCCCCUUUGGGGAAAUACCCGAACAAAACAAUAUCAAUGAGCGAGAAAACACAAGAUAAUUCAUACGACAACGACAGUGAUAUAGCUGUUUUAAACGGACAUUUGGACACUACCCACACAGAGAACUCUGAGUAUAAUGAUGACAUAAGCCAUGGGAGGCUGUCGCCUUCCAGUCAUGAGAAUCAUAGAGGAACUGUUCGUACUCAUCAAGAAGACAAUAACUUAAAGGACAGGAUAUUGCGCCCUGGCAGUCAAAGAGAUGUCAUCCCGCUAAACAAUCAGAAAGCUGAGAUAUUUAGAGUUUCUCCACCGCAAUGUGAAUAUCAAUAUAAACCUUUGCCUUCUGAUGUUGUUUCCAAUACCGCAACUGUAACAUUUCAUGCUGAGAUCAAGGAUAGUCAACAAUGUAUUUCGCCCGUUUUCGACUUAAUGGCGUUGGCGGAGAGAAACACAUGCUUUACAGGAGUGCGUAUCUGUUUCAAUCUAGGUAGUCCAAAGAUUCACGUUGGCAAAGACAAUAUGUACAAGGAAGGCAGGGAUUUCGAGAGAGCAGGUACUUUUGAAAAAGGCUCAACCGCAGAUGAUGUCUUUACGGUGAAAGACAAAAUGACAAGGAGUUUACAAGUUGUUAAGCAGAUGGAUGUAUCCAAAUUCAGAAAGGAGGAAAUAAUAGUGGCAUUAGAUCUACAAAAGGCCAUCCCUGCUCCGGAGCCCUACGUCUUCAGUCUCAGAGAUAACGUUGUCCGAAUCCAUAUGGAGCCGAUUGAAAAUGCGAUUACACUGAGGGAUGUGAUGGAUUACAAAAUGAAUGACAUUCGUUUACUGUAUCCUGGCCACAUUUGGCCAUUCUCAAGAUUCCUAAUCAUUAAAAUAUCAGCUGUUGUCAACGCUAUGCAUAAACAAAAAUGCACACAUGGAGAUUUGUAUGGGGACAACGUCUGUCUUCAAAAGCACCCUGAUGAAAUUAUCAGAGUUGUCCUCAUUGAUUAUGGAGAUUCAAAUAACCAUGUGGAAGAUCAAGAAGAGUACCAGAAGGACAAGGACGAUUUCGCCUUUUUAGUCAGGAUGUUAAUCGAUGCCUGGAAAAUGUCUUACAAGAUUUGGGAAUGUAACCUCAAGAAAACACUAUCCUUCAAACAACUAGAUGAAUCAGAACAAGCUGAGCAACUAGACAGCAUGCAAAGGAUCCUAAAGAGUGAACCCCCAGCUGAUAUACAACCAAUCCUGGAGCUACUUCAGAAACAAAAAGAUGACAAUGACAUAGACAAGGCCACGAUGUUGCAGGAUGUCCGUCCUAUACUGUUUAGAGAGAAUCCUGUCCAAAGACCUGAGUCACCAUCCUUCCCACAACUGGGUAAAUCUGAACAAGCUAAGCCACAACAAAUGCUUGAUAUCUACAAACAAACAAAUGACAAUGACAAAGACAAAGACAGGCCGUUGGAGGAAGUCAUGUCUAAGCUACCAUCACCUCCAGAUGAUCUUGAGAACAUCCAGCCUGUACAUGACAGUGCUCAAAUUGAUUCAGGUUCUAGUGAAAUGGUUCCUUGCGAGGCCUCGACAACCUACACUUCUUCCAAUUGGGCAACUUCGUCGUCUACGCUAGUACUGAGGGAGCCAGAAAUCGAACUGUCGACGUCUAUAGCAAGCAGCCAAAGUCAAGCACCUAAAUGUUCAUGGGGUAAUAAAAUCAAUACCACUAAUGACCAGGAGCAAAAUCACGGCACCCCUCCAGCCCCAAGAACAAAUAUCGAGAGGGUUCUGAAAACAGGUUGUAUGCCUUUAUUGCCGCCAGCAAGAAGAGCUUGGGGAGAAAAGCAGGUGGACAUAGGCUUAAUACAUUGGCCACCACAGGACUGGCAGACACUGACUGGAAAAAAGAAGCUUGAUAAAUUGGUGUAUGCCGCCAUAACAUUGGAUGGAGGAGAUGCUGCCACAACAAAACCAAACAUCCCUUUCCUCCUGGACAAAUACAACAUGCUCCGUUUACCAGGAACAGAAAUCCCCGAUAUGAAUAUUGAUGCAGGAAAGCCCAGCGAUAUGGCGAGCAUUGCAAAGAUGUCCAGGUACUCCACCUUCCACAUAAUAAGAGAAAUGUGUCGUUCCGAAAGUCAUUCAACAAACCAACUGAACCUACUGAAGCAGGUGGAAGCUGCCUGGUCUGUCAGGGAUAAAACAACAGAUGAUAUCACCAGUCGUCUGGAUUCAGCUGGUGUGGAUCUACAAUUGGAGGAUAUUUAAAACAGUCAAACAACUGACAUAAGUUUGGCAAAAAAACAACCAACCACAGUUUAAUUUUACAUCAAACGAACAUUCCAGUUCAGAAGAGAUUGUAAUAUCCGUGCAUCAUAUGGGAACCACGGAACCAAAUGAUUUCCCAUGAACAAUAAUGUUAACGUUAACCACUGUCCUGCUUAAAUGGAGUUUUCAACACUGGUCCACUAGCCAUAAUUUUGAAGAAUGUCAUCUCGGAAACCUGUAAAUAGAAUGAUUGAAAAUUCUACUAAUUUUAACUUUUUUACAUGGGGACCACAAUCUUGUAUUGAAUUCAGCACCAAAAAUUCACAUUAUUUACAACAAAAUACACUAUUUAUAAACUCCCUCUGACAAUUACAGGGUAGUCUUUUAUAUAUAUUUCACAUCCAUAUGUAUUGCCCAGCCCACACAUAAAACUUUGGAAACCUCUCACCUAAAUAUCCAAUCAGUAGGCCCCGAUGCAUUCACCUUCCUAUUAGAUAUUCUGUCCAAACGGGGAAAACCCGCAAUCUAUUUUUUAUUUUGUUCUGUGGUCCCUAUAGAUAUAUUGUCUGAAAUUUGAUUAUUUUCUUUUCAUUUGCGUUUUUAAUAUGUUUUAAUCUAGAUAGAAGAGUUCCACUGAUUUCUGAGAGUUCAAGUAUCCAGUUAUUCUGAUUGUAUUGCUUUUUUGUAUUUUGUGUUGUAGAUAUUUCGUUCCAGACAUGUUUUAUCUUUGUUCUUUUAAAGUAAGACGACUAUUCUUGAAAAAUACAUCAUGAUUCUCAAAUAGGUUCUGCAUGUGGACAUCUGAUGAGCUUGUUGGUUAAAUGGUCCGGAUAUUUCCUCCUUUUUUUGACCGAUCUUUGGUAUUUAGAAAACAUUUUAGAAACCAUAUUUUGAUACAAAGUUGUGUUUUUUGUUUGGAUUUUUUUUAUGGCAAAAAAUACCCUUUGUGGUUUUUUUUCUACAUUGAACAAAAAACUGAUCGGAACAAGGUAGGCUUUAUAAUGAUGAUAUGUGGUGUUUACUCUAAACAAUAAUUUCAAUUCGAAAUUUUUUUUUCAAAACCACUUACCCUUUGUUUAUCUUAUUUUUUUCUGAAAAUUUCCUACUUUCUUUUUGACAUUUUUUAUUUAGUUUUUUUUAUAUCAAGAAUUAAAAAGAGUCGCAAUAUAAAGUUACUUUUCCCAAAAACAUUCUGAUUUAACUGUUUUUCAAGACAUUUUGCUAUCAACUUUUUAUUUUGAAGAUUUUAGUUCCUGAUUAACUUAACAUGUCAUAGAAUUAAAUGAUGACCUAGUAGUAAAAACAUGUCAUGGAAUUAAAUGAUGACCUGGUGGUAAAAAAAAAAUAGAUUUAUAACGUGUCAGAGUAUAAAGGUGAUGUAAAUCAUACAUGUAUUUUAAUUCAAUGUAACUAGUAACGAUGGAGUUCGACGGGCGUAGAUUGUUCCGCCUCUCAGAAUCAAUGGACGGUAUCCAUCCUUAAACAAAUGUAUGUUUUUUAUUCUUAGAGACACUUUAACCAGUUAAAUGACAUUUCUCAGAAACUUUCCAUGACCUAAUAAGCAACAAAGUAAUAAACGGUAUGGUUACUCCAUGGGCUUGAGAUAGAUUCGCUGAUAUAUUAUAAGUCUUCUUCUAAUAUUUUGAUCUUAUGUAGGAUGUUUAGGUCCUUCAUAAGAAAUGUAAUAAAUUUGCAAAGAAAACAAAAAUAAUACAUUUUAGUAUACAUGACAGAUUUUGAUUUAAUUGGGGAAAAUUACAACGAAAUACCCUCUCACGACAAAGUUGGGGUAAUGAUAUAGCGUUAUGUUUAUGUGUGAUUUAUGAAUUACCUGUAUUUGUAUUACUUUCAUAGGCUUAUGAUUUGCCAUGCUCUGGCAAGUCAAUAUUGAACUAAUAUCAAUCAUACUUCACACAAUGUUCAUUAACCGCGAACGAGUUUGUGUUCGCAUGGUGCAAAGUAAAUGAAACGUCACCAUUACUGUUGAUAAAAAACGUUUUUUUAAGAUUUCGACCAAGCUUCAUAUAUUGGACAAGUAUGAUAAUUCCUUGAACGAGUUCGUGUUUAAGGCCGAGAAGAUCAAGGACAUUAUCACAGUUACUUUAAGUGUGAUUUCUCUGCCAGCCCUCACAUAUAAAACAAUUAAAGUUGGAUAAAAUUGAUAGUGUAUCAAAAACGUAUUAAUUUUAUUGAAAAUAAUCAUUUUGAUAUAAAAAAAUGAUAUACCACAACUGUCAAUAAUUCAUGCUAAUUAAUAAAUACUGCUUCUAUAUCCA